AUGUUAAAUUAAUUCGCAGUUGAAUUGCUUAAGGAUUUGAAUUGUGUAAGAGGAAAUCCUCUUUAUUUUGAUACUAGUCUCACCUAAUUAUUUGAAUCCAUCUCUUAGAACAGUGAAAUGCAAGUAAAAUUAUUAUUCUAAUCACUAGUAAUCACCAUGUAUCAAUCCAAAUGAUAUCUUAUCAGUUAUUAAUCAAUUUGGUACAGAUGUACAAUUUCUAUCUGAUCACAUCAUGAAAUAAAAGACCAAUGAUUAUUCUAAGCUUAUUAGUGGAUAUCGCAAGUAAAUCUUUAAUUUAUUUAAUGUAGUCGUCUCUCAGAUUCUACCAAAUAAAAAUUUAAAUUAAUGUUCAAUAAACAAUUAAACAAUCCUAUCAUUUAUUAGUAGCAUUUAACACAUUGUUAUAUUCAUCUUUAUGAAAACACAAAUUUCUAUUUAUUAUUAAUCGUAUUUCAAUCUAAAUAUGUAAUUAUUGACUCAAUUACUCAAAAAAAUACUGGCAUUCACAUUUAAGGAUGGCUAAAUUAUCAUACUCAAUUAACUGGAAUUCAAUUUGUUGAUGGAGAUCAAUAUUAUGAAUUAUAGGAUGCUGACACUAAAUAAAAAUAAAUCACUAUUGAUAAUCAAAAUGUUUGGCUGUUUGACUUGUUUAUUGAUAAUGCAAGUACUUAAAUUUUACCUUUGAUUUCUCAUAAAUUUGGAAAUACUCCAAUUAUUUAAUUUUUUUGUGAAUAAUAAAUUGGAGAGUAUUAACUAAAAGAAUAGAAAUCAUUUCAAUCACCAUCUCAUCCUAUCCUUAAAUAAUUGUAAUUGCUCUCUAACAGGGAUCCACUUUAGCCUAUUAAAUCAAAUCUACAAAAUAAAAUUGAAUAAAUAAAAGGUUAAAAGUUCACUGGAUUUGAAUAAGAACAUCAUCCAAAAGUACCUUAAACAUAAUCUAAAAAUUUGUAAUUAUUUCGUAUUGAAGAAAAUUAAUAUGAAUAAUCAAGUGCAAAACCUGACGAUUUAGACUUAUAUACCAAAAAUUUAGAAUCUAAAUAUUUAAAUGUCCCUAAACUCUCUUGUUUAAUUGAUGGCUUGAUUAGUUCAGAAUCAUAAAUGUUAGAAAAGAGCCAUAAUCCUUAUGCACCCUUAACUCAUAAAGAAUAGUCUACAAUAUCAGAAAUUAGGCAUUAGACUGUUAAUACUUAGGAUUCUGCAAUUAAUGAACAUCUUAGCAACAUGUUGGAUUAAAAAUAGUUAUAAAAUAUAUACUAAGAUCUCUGUCGUGAAGUUGAAAAGCCCUAAAACAAUUUGUAGCAAAGUCAACAAAUAUUUUAACCUUAUAAUGUAGAGUCUCUAUAUUUUGGUAAUUCUUAAUAGCACUCGAAUCGUAAUUAUGAAUCAUAAGAAUUAUUCUCAUAAUAAUAACAACAAAAUUAAUUUUUUAAUUAGCAACAACAAUAACCAUAAUAACUAUUUCAUUAGAAUGAAAAUUUAUAAUAAUAAUAAUAAUAAUAACAAUUCUAAUAAUAGUAUUAAUAAUAUUAAUAAUAAUAAUAUUAAUAACAAUAUUAAUAAUAAUAAUAAUAAUAAUAAUAAUUAUUUUAUGAUUAAUAAUAGUAAUAAAUAUUAUAAUAAUAAUAUCAAUAAUAAUUAUAUUAAUAAUAAUAGCUUCAAUACUAAAUGAUGUUAUAUCAUUAAUAAUUGUAAUAAUAUCCAAAUAAUUUAUAAAUAUAAUAGCCAGAAGAGUAAUUUUAUUUUGAAGAACCUCAACAGGAAUCUCCUCUUAAAAAGUGGUCUUUUAGUCCUUAAAAAUAAGAUGAUUCUAUUGUAAUUAAGAAAAGAACAUCGAAUCCUGAACCUUAAAAUAAAACAUCGUAUCGUUAUUCUAUAAGAUAAUCGAUUAAAUAAUAAAAGAAAUCUGAAUUUUAGAUGUCAAAUACCUAAAAAAUAUUAUAGAAGGAAGGGGCAUAGAUAAAAGAUAAUGAAAUUCCAUUCAAAUGCAAACUAAAAAUCAAUUCAAUACAUCCUUGUGAUUUUGUUGAUUUGAGAUCAAAUAGAGCACAAAAAAAAAUGAAAGAGAUUGAAUAGGGUUUACUGAGUUAAUCUAUAAGAUGUAAAUGCAUUUAAUUAUUUUAGAUCACAAAGAUCAUAACUUUAAUGCAUUAUAUAGAAAUGAUAAAUUUUCAGAUAUUAUUCUCUUAGUCAAUGAUCAUUAAUAUAAAUCUCAUAAAUCAGUUUUAAUUUAGGUAUCCAACUACUUUAAGGAAUUAUUAGAAACUAAAUAAUUCGAACUAAGUUUAUAGGUUGAGAAUAUAUAGUUGUUUGAUUUAGUGUACAAAUACAUAUACUUGGGUAAACUUACAGAUUCUGAAUGGAAUGAAAUUGGAAUUCAUUAAUCUAUCAAAUUUUAUAAGUUAGCAGAGAAAUUAGAAUUAUAUUAAUUAGUUGAAUAGUUGAUAAGUAGAGUUGUAAUACCUAUGAUGAUCAAUGAAUUUGUUUUGGAUUGGUAUAUUAUAGGUUUCAGAAAUUAGAAUUCUCAACUUUCUUACAUUUUUAAAUUUGUUUAUGUUUAUACAGUUACAUAUUUUUCUUUAAAUUGUAAAACUAUAAUAGAUCAAAUCAGAGAUAGAAAGGAUGAUUCAAUAAUUAAGGAUUAAUAGAUGUAAACUAAAUAUAAAAAAAUAUUUGAUUUAAUGACAUCAGAAGAAAUAUAUUUUCUCGUUUAACAACCUCUAAUGUAGACUAAUUUUGAAGGACUUGAUAAUUUAUUGUGGUUGAUCACAGAAAAAAAAUAAUGUUAAUAAAUAGAUUUACUUAAAUAAUUAUCUUUGGAUCAUUUACCUAAUAGUGGAUUUAAAUAUAAAGAUUUUACUCAUUAUUAAUUCGAAUAAAACAUGCCUCUCUUAAAUAAUUAAAUUAUUGUAUAUCCUCAAAAGCUGUAAGAAACAAAAAAGAGAAGAAGUUCUAUCUAUACAGAUUAAGAAUUUAAUUAUUCUGAAUCAUUAUUUGAUGAAUAUUCAUUUUAUAAAUCAAACUCAAAUGCUUGUAAAAUAAAUAAGUUAGUUUAUGAAAUGAAAAUUAGUAAUGUAGCUUGUAAUUCUAUUGUGAUAUCCGAAUGUUUUGCCUCAUAAAGUCUUGCCUGGAGAUUAAUCAUUGAUGUUAAUGAUAAAAAUAUUAUUUCAAUUUAUUUGCAAGAAAGAGGGUCAAUAAAAAAUAAUUUAAAAUAUAUGAAUCUUGAAGAUACUUUAAUGGAUGAAUGCUUACCAUAAUAUACGAAAUUAAACUUUAUUAGUGUUUUAAUUAAAAUAGAAAUAGUUAACAAAUAAGAGUAGAGUAAUGAGAGAGUUAUGUAUCAUACAUAUCCAACAAAUUAGUUUCACACUGUAGGUUUUGAGGAUAUUUAAACUAUUAAUUCUUAAUUAUGGUUGAAGGUCUUUAUCUAAGAAGAUCCACUUCAUUCUGCACUCAUGCAUUGGUGCGGAUAUAAUUUUAAUGAAAAGUUCUGUUAACUUCCGUAUUUUACACUUUAUUCCUUAUUAAAAUCAGAUAUGUUGAGAAUAGGAGAAGAAAAACAAAUAUUAGGAUUACUUUAUAAUUUAGAAAAGUCUGAUUAAGAAUAAAAUCUUGAUCUUAUAAUACAUCCAAUUAGAUAUUUUUAUGUACCAAUUGGAGAAAUAUUUACUUUAUCUAAAGAUUGUUAAUCAGUUAGAAAGAAUAAACUAUUUCAAAGCAUUUUGAAUUUAUUAUUAUCCCAUUAUUUAGAUGGGAAAUAACACAAUUAGAAACCUAGAAAGACCUAUGCUAAGAUCGAUACAAUUAUGAAUCAAUCAGAUUUUAAAAAAGAAUGGUUGAAAUGGUUAAUAUAUAGUGAUAAUUAAACGUUAAAAAUUAAUACCAAAGAGAUUAAAAAAGAAGUUAUGGAGAAACAAAAGAAAAUUGAUAAAUAACAAUAUCAAUAGUAUUUUUAAGUUUAUAAUUGUACACCAAAAAAAUAAAUUGAAUAAUAACCACAAUAAUCACCAAAAUGUAAGAUUUUUUGA